CUGGCAGCGGGCAUCUGCCACGCCGCACAGACAAGCAGAAGCACAAGGGCACAAGGCGAGGGCGCUUGUAUAUAUAUAUACAGCUUCAUGCGGCGGUGAUGGGAACGCUGAGCCUCAUGCCGGCGGUAGUUACAUCCUCGUCAUCCCACGCCGACUACGACUCGGCGCCGACAUCGCCUUUCGGCGUCGGCGCGUCCUACAAGAUGGAUCGCGUGCCCAGCCCCUUGUCGUCAGGGUCGCCCUCUGCAAGGCGGCGGCAGCAGCAGCAGCAGCAUACGUCGCCGUACAGCAGCCCUUCGCCGGCUGGCGGCACUUCAAACGCACCCCUCGCGUUCCCGGCGGACGUCGGCGCCUCCGAGCUGGAAGAGGCGAAGGAAAAGGAGGAGGAGGAGGAGCUCAACGAUUAUGCACGGCUGAUGGCGCGCCUCGAGAACGUCGACAUGAACGUGGACGCAAGCGCAGACACCCAGAGCGACAGUGCCACUGGCCUCGGUGCCGAGGGCAUGUGCGUGCGCAGCAUCAGCGACGGCAAUGGCUCGAGCAGAGUCGCCGCGGCUGUGGUGGGCUCGUCUGCUUCCACGCAGGCCUUGCCGGCCUACGCCAGUCUGCAGUAUCAGAGCGACCCAUCAAGCAGCAAUGCAGUAUCAUCUUAUGCCGCACAGCAGCUCCGACCGAGCGCGAGCAAGGCCGCUUUUGGCUCCGGCACCUCCAAUGGCACCUCCCCCGAGGUCCAGCAGCAGCACGAUCAGCAGCCCGGCUCCUCCUCCACCCCCUCCUCGCGCGCCUCGCCAAAUGCCAACGGGCACAGCCACUCCUUUGGCACUGGCACUCCAAGCGGGAAUGCGGACGGGAACGGGCAGGCGCACGAGAGCGACGAUGGCGCGUCAACGACGUCGGCCAUGUCCGGCACGCUGCGCGAGCGUCGCAUGGCCGCACGCGCGCGCCGCGCCCAAGAGCACGGCGGACAGGCCAUGCCCGCCGAGUUCCUACACAACGCCGGCGUCCUGCCUAACAUCUCCACCGCGCGCCCACAGCCGCGGCACUACCAGCAGCAACAACAACAGCAACAACAACAGCAACAACAACAGCAACAGCAACAACAACAACAACAGCAACAACAACAGCAACAACAACAGCAACAACAACGCCCGCCGAAGAACCCGGCGCGCCGCAGCGUGCUGCUGCAGGCCCAGAGUGAGCAUAUGCGGAGAGGGCCCGCGUCCGCGCCCUCUGGCCUUUCUCCACACCAGCACCAGCAAGAGCACCAGCGCCCCUCGCAUUCGCCGCAGCAAUCGCAGAAGGAUGAGGAGGAGGAGGAGGAGGAGCUGCUAGCCUCACUGGCAGCAGCGUCGGAACAGAGCAGGGAGGCUGCUGCGCAGGCGAGCGAGGAAGAACGGGAACGCGCAGCGAGGACCGAGGAGCAGGCGAGCGAGGAAGAACGGGAACGCGCAGCGAGGACCGAGGAGCAGGCGCGCGAACAUCGGUGGCAGCAGCAGCAGCGCGAGGUGGGCGAAUGCGAGGGUGAUCGGGCGCCCGCGCGCCAAGAACCGCGCGUGACCGCUGCUCCGAGCGCGAGCCAAAGCGAGAGCGAGCACGAGCAGGAUUUGCGAAGAGCUUUCGAGGAGGUCAGCGAUGAGCUGCAUCACACCCUGCUCGUCGAGACUCGCAUACGAGAACAGAGCGCCGGCGGGAGCAGGCAAGGCCAGGUGCCAUCCCGCCGCGCUGCAAACCAGGACAGCGACUCGUAUGCAGAUGCCAGCAACAGCGUCGCGAACAACAUGGACUACGAUCAUGGCAAGUUUCAGCUCCAGACCCAGGUGCCGGCGCAACCGCCCUUCGUCUCUGCCAACGCGGCGUCGGCGGCGCCUGUUGCUCUGCCAUUGGCGUUCGCGAGCAGCUCCGCCGCUGCCCCACGUGCUAUCGAUCACUGGGACGAUACUCUCGCCGCGGUCCCGAACGAUACGCUUCCGCCGCUUCCGUCGUACGACAGCGUCAUUGCGCAACAGCGCUACCAGCAGGAGCUCGCAGUGCGCGGGAGCAUGCGCCCCGCACAGCAACAAAACCACCACCAGCAAGCCCUGCAACGAGCCGCCAGCGCCGAGCCGGUUGACAGCCGGCCUGAGACCGAGCCGCUGCUGAACAAAAGCGUCGAGAAUCUGCACGAUGCACCCUUCCGCGGCGGGCGUAGCAGCCUACGCGCCGGUGGAGGUGCAGGGCGCGGCGGCGAGCCGGACUAUGGAUCAGGGUCGGACAUUGAAGGCGCCCCGCGGAGGCUCGGAGGGGGAGGGGGGAGACCGGGUGCCGACCCGGAUUGGCCGACGUACCUGCACGACAACGCCUCGGAGGAAUCAGCGACAUCCAGCUUGCGCUUGCAGCUGGGCAUUCCCGCCUCGCAGCAGAACGACCACCGCGACUCGAAUGGGUCCACGUUGCACCUCUCGCGCAUCAUUCCGCAGCCGCAGCUGCAAACGCAGACGCAAGCACGUGGGCAGCCUGCGCCGCUCUUGGCCAGCAUCAGCGGACAGGGUAUGCGCGCGCCCGUCUCGCCCGCCAGCGCUCCUGACUAUCCGCAGCGGCCCGACUACGCGCGGUCGAACAGUGCCUCGACUGUGCCGCGCAACGCGUCGCGUCCGGGCAGCGGCGCGGCGCCACCCCUGCACGCGCUGUCCCAGUCUGCAUCGCGCGCGGGGCCCAGCGAAGAGUUCCGGCCGGCGUCGCCGGACCGGCUGUCCAAUGCGCCGUCCAGCCGGUGGGGCGCUGACUCCAUCGCCGGCUACGAGCCGAACGAGCCGUGGGGCACGCUGCGCGAAGACGAUAUCGAGUAUGAGGAGGUGCGCGAGGCGCAGCAGCAGCUCAGCCUCUUCGGCAUCCGGCGCCGGCUCGUGGUCAUGUAUCCGCAGCUGGGCACACGCUCGCUGACGUCAGCGCGGGAGCCGCUAGAGACGACUGUCAAUGAUGAUGACGAGGAGGGCGCCUUGUCCGGCGGCAUGGGCGCGUUCGGGCAGGAUGUGCUGAUGAGCGAGAAGCAUAUGCGCAAGAUGGAGGAAAAAUACGAGGCUAGAGAGAAGGACCUGACCAUUGAGGCAUGCAGCAAGCAGGAAAUGGCUAGCGUCACGGUCAGUGUUUACACUGAGUCGCGCGACGGGAGAUGGAACAUUCGCAGGUCCGUCGAGGCUGAAGGAGACGAGAUCGCUCCAGAGCCGCCAGGUGCCAUGGAUCCCUGGAGUGUUCCGAUCGAUGCAAAAGGCAUCUUGGCGCGAAAGAAGCUCAAGUCGAAUGUUGAACUCACUGCGACGCGGAUGAAAGUCCGCUGUCCGGCAUGUCUGCGCGCGACGAGGCUCGACCUCACGUGCCACUCCUGCCAAGGCACGCUCGUCGUCGAGAUGAGCUACGUCGUCACCGUCACCCUGCGCGUGGCCAACUUUCUCCCGCUCAAACUGCCGUCAAUGCACCUGGCUGGCGCGCGUCAGCCACAUAUCAAAUACGUCGACACUAUCGACCCGGGGCAUCGCAGCAGCGUGCUGCGGGAUCGGGCGUUGGACGGGACGCAGAGCGCAGCGCAGCGUGUCGGCAAGCAGCAUUACCAGCAGCACAGCGCGCGGCUGCUGGUGGCCAAGGCACGUGUCGAGCGCCGCGGCGUGCUUAGCAUUGCCGUAACUUCGAGCAAAACCAAGGUUCGGCGGACAUUCGACGUGUCCGACGGGCCGCAGGGCAAGAUCACGGACACAAGCGAGUUCACGCGCGGAGCGGGCCAAACGGCCGAGCGCAGUUCCAAGUCGCUCAACAUCAGCCGUUCCUCCAAUGGCAUCUCUCGCAGCAAGACGGGGCGUGACACCCAGGAGGUGCUGCAAUCGAGCAACAGGAGCAUCGCGGGAGGCUACGCGGGCAGCAUGUACGCGCCGAGCACCUACGCGCCUAGUACGUCCAAUGUCUCCGUCUUUUCUUCUCGCAGUGCCAAGGCCAAGGCAGCAUUCAAGAGCGUUUUCUCAAAGUAACAGUGGAGCAUAUGGACACGGGGCUGCGCUUUGGAGCGCCUGUAGUGUUUGUUCAAGUGUUUAUAAAGGGGGCAUAAGCGGAGGGAAAUAUUGUUCAGAUGUUCACACAACUCUGUUCACGGUUCAGCUCCUUCGAGACUUGCUUGCAUUCAGCAUUUCUACUCAACUCUCUCGCUGGCGGUUGUAGUCACCUUCCCAGCCAAAACAAGGGCUGGCUUGCAGGGAGAAGGCUGAUGCUGUCUGCAAUGCCGUUCUAUCGUUCGACGAUGAGCAAGGAGGUGUUCUAUGUGUUAAUUUGUGUGCUCCAAAGCCCCCAUUCGAACA